CGCGCGGAGAAGAGCCCGCGCCGCAGUACGAAGAAGCAGCACAGCUUACAAGGAGGCGUGAAAACGAAUCGAGCGAUGUCGGCUCCGGUGCUGGCCUCUCGACCCAUAUUGGACACUCGGGCCGUGUCCCAGGGGCUUCUCCGCCCGGCCGAGCCCGAAGUGGCCCUCAACACGGGGCUCUACUCAUCAGCCGGCCAGGCGACCGCGGGCUACCGAAGCGCAAAGUACACCACGAACGAAUGGCACCAGGGGAACUACUCCAGUUACUUCGCCGCUUUGACCGACCUCGAGAAUGCCGAGGUCCUCCGCCGCGAGUCCAAGAAACUGACCAGCGAGACCCAGGCGAGCACGCAGACCGCGCAGGCCAACGCCACUCGCAUGCUGGGCGAACGACUGCAGGAGCUGCACGCCUGGAAAUCGGAGCUGCAGCGGCUUAUCGAAGCGCUCAGGGCCGAGACCGACCUGCUGCUGGCCCAGAAGAGGAGGCUGGAGAGCGCACUGAAUGCCACCGAGACCCCCCAGCUGAUAGCCACGGACAACCUGCAGUGUCGGGAGAGGCGCGUGGGCUCCGAUCUGGUCAAGGACGACGUGGAAGUGGAGCUCCUCAAGGAGUUGGACCUCAUCCACAGUGUCCAGGAGCUCCUCAAGAGGACUUUGGCCCAGGCAGUCAGUCAAGUCAGAUCCAACAGAACCAUCAAGAGCACUCUGGAGAUGGACUGGUCUGACAAAUACGAGGCAUACAGCAUCGACGACAAGUGUGGCCGACACAACAGCAAGUGCACCGAAACACAGAGACACCCCAGCAGCGUCAAGUUCCAGGACAGCUUAUCAACUCCAGAGACAUGGAACAAGUUUACUGAAGAUAACAUAAAGCUGGGCGAGAACGAGCAAAUGGCUUCUGCCAACCUGCGCGCCCUGAUCGACAAGGUGCUCCAGGAUACGGCUGAAGAUCUACGUGCCCAGUGUGCCGAUGUGGAUAAGGCAUUCGCCAAGCGCUGUGAGGAGAUGAGCGAUGCAAAAUUCCGGCUGGAGCAUCACCUGAAUCAGAUCCUGGAGCAGAUAAGCGCGCAGGAGAAAAACAUCGUGGAGCUGCAGCAGGCCAUCCGGGACAAAGAAGCUCCCCUGAAGGUGGCUGAGACGAGGCUGUACCGCCGGUCAUUCCGGCCUAACAUGGAGCUCUGCCGAGACCCCGUGCAGUUCAGGCUGGUGAGCGAGGUUGGCGAGAUCACAGAGUCCAUCGAGUCCCUGCAGAAGAAACUCGAGGAGGCCAAGCAGUCCCUGAGCAGCAUGGAGGACACUCGGAUGUCCCUUGAGAAGGAGAUUGGGAAUAAGAAGAACAGUCUCUUCAUUGAUCGGGACAAGUGCAUGACCCAUCGCACCCGCUACCCGCCGGUCAGCCGACUGCUGGGAUAUUAAUGAGGGUCAGCAAGCUCACUGGCCCGCCCCCUUUUUUUCCUGCUGUGGUCAUUUAAACUGCAGUGGUUUGGUUUUAAUAAAAGUGUGUCGUGACUGUCA